AGAAAAGCGCAUGUUUACUUUUCAUUAAGGCAGAAAAGUUCGGAAAAUCUUUUUCCUCGAAGAAUCUUUAAUUUCUAGUAAUUGUGGCAACAACAAUUAACUUCUCCAGCGAUGUCGGCAACGGAACCUACUGCAGAACAAAAGGAACAACCCGAGCAGAGCAGCAAAGCGGAAUCAGCACCCGCAGCACCGAAAGUGAUUCUCUCAUCGGAGCAGAAGGAAAUCUUCGAUCGGAUCUCCAAUAAUGAAAAUAGCGAACUGAAGCUGGUACUGUCCCGAUUCAAGCAGAGCGUGGAUUUUGUCGACGAUAAUGGGAUGACUCCAUUGCAACAUGCAGCCUACAAGGGUAACAAGGAUGCGGUCCAAAUGCUGCUGGAUCAGGGUGCCGAUGUCAAUUCUGGUAAGCAUGAGUACAACUAUACUGCUCUGCAUUUUGGUGCUCUUUCCGGAAGUGUGGAUGUUUGUAUGAAACUGCUGUUGGCGGGCGCCAAAGCGGAUGCAACUAAUACGAUCGGUAGGACCGCGGCACAGAUGGCGGCGUUCGUAGCAAACCAUCAGGUUGUGGCAACGAUCAAUAGCUUUGUUCCGGUGAAGGAGAUCGAGUGCUACACAAAGGUUCAAGGAUCUCAAAAGGAACCGAUGCUUCCGGUGGUCCAUCUGGAUGGUUUCCAUAAGUUUAUUAUGCAGAUAAACAUUCAUCCGGUGCGGAUUGCAUUGAAUUUGCAGAAGUAUGGACUGUUCAUUGAGGAUCUCAAGCGAAUCCGGAAAGUUCUGGAUGAAAUGAUGGAGCGGGAAAUGAAGCGUCGGAAUGAAAUCAACGAGGUGAUGGCCUUCAAGUACCAUUAUUUAGGGUACAUUGUAAACGAGAUUGCCAAAUGUCGGGAUUACUUCCUUGCCCGGAAGGACAAAGCUGACGGAGGAAAUGGCAAGGAUCAGAAGAGUGACUUUGUCGAGCUGUUCGCCAAACGAGUUCUCAAGCAAGGCAAAGACGGCUCCUUGGAGUAUGUCGAAGCGACGAUACGUGAAUGCGUUCGUGAGUUCCCUUUCCGGGAGUGUACCAUUUUUCGACAGGUGGUGACACAGCUGGCCAGCAAAGAGAAUCCAGCCAGCGCUUUGGAAAUCAUCAAAUCGGCCAUCAAUGGGCAACGCGGUUUUCAGGACACGAUUUCGCUGUGCAGCUCAUGCGGCGAAGAAAAACCGGACAAGAAGUGUUCCAAAUGCAAAGAAGUGCAGUACUGCGACCGCGAGUGCCAACGGCUGCAUUGGUUUAUGCACAAAAAGGUUUGUGCUCGGCCGUCGUCCACCAGCGCUCAGGGUGGGCAAAUCAAGGACGCGAAAAAAGACAUCGAUUCGGCGGAAAUCAGCGAGCAGCUGCAAAAGUUGGUUGCCAGCUAAGCUGCUGCGUGAUUGAAGGACUGCCAGAUUUAUGCAAUUUAGUCAGCGUGUCACUUGAGUGGAGUUUUAAUUAUCAAUGCUACGAGAAUUCCGAUAUGGGGAAUUAUGAUUCUCUAGUAAUACUGUGGUUGCUAACCGUAAGGAACCGAUUAUACUGAAUACAAAAUCAUACUACUAAAAUUGGGAAUUAGAUAACAGAUGCAGGUAAAUCGUGUGGCUACGUGACGGUCAAUCCUUCUAACCAACGUAGAAUAUUGUAUGUGUCAUUUACUAUCACUUGGAUGUCAAUAAAUUAGAUUGAAACA